AUGGAACAAAACCCCGAAUCCGCGGCGGAAGUCGUGCCAGUAGUUGAGACCAUCGAGGAAUCAGCAGAUCACGGGAAAGUUGAGAUUCCCAAUGUGGUCUUGCCCCCUGAGUCCGCUGCCGAGUCGCAAGAGAUUCCCAAGCCGGAGGAAAUCAUCCAACCAAAAGCCAGUGGAACCAAUGUCCAGGAGCAGACUCCCCUUGCAACCGAAUUGGAGCCGGAGUCGGAUGAGGGCCAGGAAACAGGAAGCUCCGAGCACUUGGCUUCCGAGUCAACCGACCUGGAAGGCGAGAUGGUGGAAGCCACAGAUGAUCUUUCGCCUGAGGCUUCUAGGGAGAAAAUGAAAAGGGAGCGAAAGGAGCGCUUGAAGAAUUUCACCACCACACGAUUUACACUCUCGAAAACCCAAGUACAAGAUGAGGUCGAGGAGAUUAAGGAGAAAGUGGAGAAAGUGGAGGAAGAGUAUGAGAAUGAGGUUGAGAAUGAGAAACAAGAGGAACCGAUGGACGAUGUUGGUGUUGGCUUUGAUACAGCCUCCAACGACGACGUGGAGAUUGAGUCGUCGGAUGUGUCAGAGCAGCAGGAAGUGUACGUUAAAUUCCAGUCCCACAAAAUGGUGGACCUAUUUCCGCCCGACGGUUUCUCCAGCCCAACAGAUGAUGCAGAUAUAUUCUACAAGGAUCCAAAGUAUGACGAUUGGGACGAUUCGGCGAGCAUGGCUGCCAUGAGCAUCAUAUCGACGAGACCGUUGAGUCCGGCAGACCCCGAUUCCGUCCAGUUAAAGACAAACUUUCUGCGGAAUUUCGAUGUGCCCAGUCUGUCGGACAUAUCGGAGGAGCACGAACUGACCGCGCAGCUAUCGCGAAUUAAAUCCACCUGCAGCUUGAAGGAUCACGGCUUCUUUGUGGAUCCUACCUCUAAUUACAGCUCCAGUGCCAGCUCGGUACAAGAAUCGCAUGCCGAAUUGGACAACGAGCAGCAGGACGAAGAGGUGGCUGCCGACGAUCAGAUUUCCGUCAUGUCCAUCAUGUCCGACAUACCUGAAUACGCGGAUCCCCCGCCCAAGGCUGUGCCGCAAAAAAAAGUCGUCACUUUGGAUGAUUUCGAUGGCCUAACACAUGUGGGAUUUGAUACAAUGGAAACAGUAGAUUCAGCCAUUAGGCUUGCUCACGAGACCCAGAUGGCUGUCCACGAAUUGCUGUACGAUCUGAUCGAGGAGACGGCCAAAUGGUCGGAUAACCUGAAUGUGGAUAAUGUGUAUCGCGCCAAAUUCGACAAGGAGAAGCUGAUAAAAGAGCUCUUGAAAGUCACCGACCAAUAUAUGUACGAGAAGUUCACCAACGAAAUGGUGGGCAAUCGGCUCAUUGAUUACUUCAAACGGAACCGCAACAACCGCGUUUUCCAGGCCCUCUCGCCGGAAAACGAAAAGCGCUACUCCGCCCGCUACAUGAAUGCCCUGAGCCAGCUGGACAGCCUUAAGGAACGGCUGGAUGUGGCCAAGCACAAGCACGCCCUCGGCAUGAACAGCGUGAUCCUGGAUCUCCACUCAGCCCAGAGCGUCGCCUCGUUCACGGAGCAGCACUUGGAGGACACUUUCCGGAGGCACCUGGUCCGGCCGGACUCGGAAGUCUUGCGACGCCUGGUCGAUCGCGAGCUGAGGCUCAUGGCCGGCAAGCGGAACGAGAUCAGUGACACGAGGCUGUUCCUAAUCACCAGAAAACACACCUUGGGUCACAUACUGGGCAAAAUCACUGAAUUGGAAACGUUGAGCGACACCUUGAGCAUAAAUGACUUCAUAGCGGUGCAACAUGAAGUGUUUGCUCUAGAGAAGAAAAUCGAAGAACGCAGCCUCGAUCUGAAGAAGAUGCGGACGCAGUACCUCAUGGACGUGCAUCUCAUUCGGCACAAACGGGAGAAGGCGCUAGCCCUGGCCGAGAAGUUUGACAUCCAGAAGACCGUGCUGAAGAAGGCCGUGGAUAGGCAGCGCAUGCUGCGAAAAAAACUCUACGAUGUGAAACUGGAGCGCAACAAGUUGCGCCAGCAGUCCAGGGAUCUGACCUACCAGGGCGGCAUCCUGGCGAUGCCAUCGCUGAUGUACGACUUCGACCAAACCAUGGAGCGUCUGAAGGAGAAGGAGGACACCGUGUCCAAGCUCAGGGAGACCAUGAAGGCACUGACACGUCGGAUCAGCCUAGUAGAAGGAAGAAGUGUGUAGAAACUGCUUGC